AUGUCAUUAGAUGUCUGGCGAGUGAUGCUCUGUGCUUCGCUUGUUGCACUUGUUGUUACUCGCCAACUAACGCUCGUAGUGUUUGGAAACUAUAUAAAUCUUUCAAAAUUCCUCAAACGUGAACUCUUCAGAGUCAAGACAAAUAGUAAUUAGCAUUAUAAAACUUAACACAUCAAUACAGUUAAAUAUAUCGUAUAACUUUAGACUGUGAUAUUGUCUAAUGUGUGGAAUUUGUUUUGUUUGACAUUAUAAAUUGAAGUGCGUGCAUAAAUUCCUUACCAAAACAAUAAUUGUACUCAGAAUUUAUUAAAAAAAUAAAGUGAAUAUUAAGUAUUUCAAUAUGGGAGUAAAAUUUUAUGUUAUUUUUGCAUUUUUAUGUGCGGUUCCAAUAAUUUACGCUUGUAAUGAGGCUAUUUGUGCCAGCGUAGUCUCAAAAUGUAUGUUAACUCAAUCCUGUAAAUGUGAUUUAAAGGACUGUACGUGUUGCAAGGAUUGUUUUAACUGCCUCAGCUACUUAUAUAGUGAAUGCUGCAGUUGUGUUGACAUGUGUCCCAAACCAAAUGAUACACAAACUGAGCUGUCUAAAUCUUCACAUGUGGAAGAUUUAUCGGAUAAUGUACCUGACCUGUUUGCUGCUCUAACAAGUGAUGCAGACCCUCAACAGAGGUGGUUAUCCAUCACAUACCCAGUGGACAUUGAUAUAUCUGCUUAUAGACCUGCAUCUGAGAAACAACUGGUUUACCAUCUGCAAAGUGUGGAACAAGAGUCGGAGCCGGUGAGCCGUGACAUAGUGACGUUCAACUGUACCGUGGCUUUCCUGUCGCAGUGCAUGUCCUGCGACAAAUGCCGCGCCUCUUGCAGAUCCAUGGGCUCUAAUAGCUUUAGAUGGUUCCACGACGGUUGCUGCGAGUGCGUGGGCGACAAGUGUUUAUACUACGGGAUCAAUGAGAGCAGAUGCCUUGCUUGUCCAGGUGGUAAAGAAACACCUGAUUCCGUGAUCGACGACGAUUUAAGUUACGACGACCUGGAUUAUGGGGAAGAGGUUGAUGCACAGUCGGUGUAAACUAAGAAUAACUAAUAUGCUAUUGUCGUGGAAUAGGUGUAAUAGGGGUCAGUGAAGGAUGGAAUCAAAGUGCGAGUGAGAUAGCGAGCUGUAAAAUGCUGUUGUGUAAGUGAGAUGGCGUGAUGUCUAUCCAGUUAUAGGUCCAAUUUUAUUGGCACAGGUUAUAUUGAAAAACAUUUGAAACUGACUUUGAUUAUCGACGACAGACGAUUAGAAUGUUAUUUAAAAUAAGAAUUUCUUUGAAUAACAGUGAAAAAUUUAAAUUUUGAUACGAGAUAAACUUUGUUGAGGUGUUGUAAAGAAUGAUUCCUCUCUCAUGUUGAUUUUUUAUCAAGAUUGUGCGUGCCCUUUUGCCGCCUAUGGUACAUUAUGUUACUUUAUUCUCACAAAACCAGUCCAUAAGAUAAGUAUUUAUGAUAUUAUUAUAUUUGCCGCAUAAACUUUUGUAUUAUUAAUUUUUUUAGGGUAUUUUUUUUUUUUCUUCGAUCCCAUUAUAUUUUAGAUAGAUACAUUGAAAAUCAAUGUUAUUUACCAAGUGGUUUUUGGAAAAUACUAAUAUAUUAUAAAAGUAAAUUUCCGUCCUUGCAUCAAAUAAAUGUUGUGUAGUUUUUUAGGUUUAUUCGCAUAAAUUAAUGUUUAGCUAGUGAACAUUUCAUGAAUGUAUUUAAUUUUUAUAUAAAAUGCAAUAUUUGUAAGUUUUCGAUAUAUAUAUCUUGAUUAAGCCCUACUAAUAUUAUAAAUGCGAAAGUCACUCUGUCUGACCCUCCUUCACGCCUGUACUAGUAAACUGAUUUGGAUGAAGUUUGGUACAACGAUAGUUGUGAAUAAGGUUUUUGUCCCGAAAGACUCACGGGAUCGGGAAGUAAUUGAGUAAACCUCGGGGCUGUUUUCUCUUUUUUUUUUACUACGCGGGUGAGAAGUGAGAAGCAUUUUAUUAUAUACAAAUAAAUUGUAUAAAUAUACUCUUCUAUUGGCUUUAAAUCACAUUUACUACUUAGGAUAUAUUUUUUUAUAUUCUCAGCCUUGACCUGCUAGAUUUAUUCAUAAGCAGAACAUAAAUUAAAUUGAAUAUUAUACUAUGGAAAAAGUUUUUGUGUUAAUCGUUAAUUUAAAAAUGAUUUUGUUAAAAACAUGAAGCUGCCAGUGGUCCAUGUAAUAAACAUACUAAUAGAUUUAAGAACAUUUAAAUUCAAAAGAGAUCACAAAUAUUAUAAUUACGAAUAUUUUAAAGUAUCAGUAUAAGUUUUUAUAAGAAUUAAUGAAAUGUAUGAUUUUUUUAUAAGAUCUUUUUGAUAAUUUUUUUAUAAAAUAAUUACAUUAUUAUGAAUACUCAUAAGUCAAUAUUUCGUCCUUAAGUUUACAAAUAUAAUAUCUCUCAUCUCGAAUUAUAGUUUAAAUAACUUUUAUAUCGUGUAUUUUUUACGAAUAAUAUGUAAUGUCCACUAAGUUUUGUUCUACGUGAAACAAUAUGAUCAAAAUUUUAAUUGUUAAAACCAUCCUUCUAUCGCAGUCAGAUAAAAAAAGGAAUAUACUAUCUGAAAGAUGACUGUUUGAUAAUUUUGCUGACUGUAUUUUGAUACUAAUGAUUUUUGUAGUUUCUUUUAAGUCGUAUCCAAGUUAAUUAAUUUGAUUUUCUCUUAUGUGCCAAACAUUAUUAACUGUACAAAAGUUUGCCAUUAUUUAAAUCGAAAAGAAUUUAGAAUCUUUGAAAUUGUAUUGCCAUUUUUAAUAAUUAAGUGCCUUAUUAUGUGUAAGUCUACAAUUUGAUGUAUUUUUGUAAUUUAAUUGUGACAAAUAAAUAAUUAUUGUAUA